GAAUUCACGUUCCUCCUAUCACAUGACAACACAGCUGUCCUCUAGUUCUUCUCGUGAGAUAAACACGACGCAACGGUAUACGCUAUGGAUGGAGACCUUUUUCUGUAGCUUCAACGAUAAACUAUGGAUGCCGUGUUUGUCCAGGAGCACCACUAUGUUUUUAUUAGUGUCGACGUUUAUCCUGAGCACGGUUGUAGAAGCUCUCCAGGUGAUUGGAGGAAACACAACCGUGGUGCCAGGAGAGACUGCUAUCUUACCCUGCAAACUCAUUGAAACCACGGAGGACCUCACUCAGAUUUCAUGGCAGAGGAAGACCAGAGGAAAACCUCAGAUUGACAAUUUCUUUACAGUCACGUUGGACAAUGGACCACAGUUUGUCAAUGGACAUGAUAAUCGAUUUAAAUUUAUUGGGAGCAUUAAAGACAACAGUGGAUCUCUCCAGUUAUCUAGGGUCACAUUAAUCGAUGAAGGCACCUACACUUGCAUCUUCACUUUGUUCCCCAGCGGAAAUCACAAGACAGAGAUACUUCUAAACAUGCUUGUGCCUCCAGUCACAAACCUGACAGGUUAUCGCCCUACUUUGGGUAAUGAGGAGGUUUCCCUUGUUACCUGCACGGCUGCUGGUUCCAAGCCUCCUGCAGAGGUGAGGUGGAUCACUGGCACUCUGGCAGAAAAGGUGAGGGCACUAACCAACUCCACCAAGCAUGACAACGGUACGACUACCACAGUCAGCUCGCUGCUUGGAGUACCUACCAGAGAAAUCAACCAACAUUUGGUCCAGUGUGUCAUCAGCAGCGCAGCCCUGUUGAAAGAAGAAAUCCUGCCCUUCACCAUACAGGUGUACUUCCCACCAAUCGAAGUGAACAUUAGUGAAAGAUCCAAAGGCUUAUUUGAAUGUAUGACUGAAGCCAACCCAAAUGCAGACUUUACCUGGAGCAGAUCUGACCAGCUAUGGCCUCAGUCUGAUGUCAGAGUUGAGGGUGCAAAGCUACAGUUUCUGAGCAUGACCUCUGACCUGAAUGGCCUCUACCAGUGUGAAGCAUCUAACCUAUAUGGAAGAAAAUGUGGUCACCUCUAUGUGCAUGUGACUUCAGGAGCCUGCACUGCUUGUUGGACUUUACUUUUGCUUUCCUUGAGCGCCGUUGCUGCUGCUGCUGCUGCUGCUGCAGUGUGGUACUUUUAUAAAUACAGGAAAAGGACAGGGGAGGGCAAACCUGACGCAGAAGAAGAAGAUGAUGAUGAAGCAGGGAGGCUACAGGCAGAGGGAUCUCUUUGACAGCAUGGAAGCAACAAGAUGGAACACAGGACUACAUGCAAUUUACAGGCUCCGACCCUAACGUGUAGCAUUCCUGAUGCUGGUUAGUGAUGCAGCAGUAGUCAGAUGCUGUUACAUCGGUACAGCUAAUAACAUUAAGAACAAUACUUGGUUCAAGAUCUACUCAACAGAAGCAAUAAAGCAGGAUGAACAUUGCAAACUAUAAGUGGAGCUUUCAAGCAAAAAUGGAAGCAGCAAAGAAUAGGGCAGUUUAACUGACUUCCAUGUAACUCCCCACAGCCAGUAUUUGUUUAGGAUGUAGAUUUUAACCACCAACCAACCACCAUCCUGUUCCUGCUUUAUCAGCAACAGCUCUAACUGCCAUGGUAAGAUAACAGCAGCAUUAACUGCUGAUAAGAGCAGAGGAUUAUGAUAUCUUUCCAGCUGCCUGAAGAGCGUCUAGAGAGGACGCACAUUAGUCUAAUAUUGUAUUGAUACCAUAGAUGUACGUAAAAAAAUGAUCAUAAUGUCACUAUAACAGAAGCCCUCCACUGAUUUUAUUUAUAUUAGCAUUUAACUUAAUAAUCUUCAAUAAUCUAUUCAAGUUGAUGUCACAGUGCACAAUCGGUGCUGUGAGCAACUUAACUUCUGAAACUCAAAAACAUUACUUAGAAUAUUCUACUGCUACUAUCUACGACACUUCUUCUCUUCUAUUAAGGCAGAAAUGCCUAAAAAUAAAAUGACAGAAGUAAAAAAAAAAUAAAAAUAGUAUGCUCUAUUUAGAAAUUUCAUCUACACCAGUGUAUGUCCUUAGUCAUUCAUCACAAGUGGUUCUUUGGUUUACUUCCUUGUUUUAGUUAUAUCUUAUAAUAACAGUAUCAGCAAAGCCUUAUGUGAAGCAGGCUUUUAUCUUUCUGACAUCAGUGUUACUCACCAGUUGUAAUUUGAGGUCUUUGUUAUGAGGAAACAAAACAGACUGAAACUCAAAGUCAGCAACAUGUUCAAGUUCGAUGAAGGUCAAAAUUAAUUCUGUGUUACAAACAUUGCAGAAAAUGUUUAUUCUCUAAUAUAAAAAGUUGCAUAGCUCAUGUUAAUCUGCCUUGUUCCUGUACGUCAACAACUUUGCUGACUGAUCUGAGAAGGAAAGAAACAUCCAGAUCCACAGCAGGCAUGUGCAUGUUUAGACUGUGGCUCAUUCUUAGCUUGGUACAGAAAAACCUGUGUGUGUGUGUGUUAGAGCUAAAAGUUUACAGCCAUGCUAGCACCUCUGUGAGCCUGUCAGUAGGAUCAGUGAUGCUUUUAGCUUAAUGCUUAACACAAUGUAAAUAUGCUGUUUAGGAGGUCAUACUUACCAUGUUCACCAUACUACUACUUACUUUAGCUGGUUAGCAUGCUAACAUUUGAUAAUUACCAGUAAACACAAAGUAUAAAUUGUUUGAUUGGCCGACAUUGCAAUCCCUAAAUCCAUGGCUCUAGCAUGGCUAAAACUGAGCGGUUACUCAGGGUGAACAAGUUAUACUAAAUUUGCAAUGAAUCAUUGUUAAUCAAUCAAUCAUAUUUAUUGUCAAUUUAUUGACAAAUUUACUCUGAACCAAAAAUAUCAACCUGCUAACAGCACAAGUGGAAACAUAAGGGGACCACCUAAUCUUAGGAUACAUCAUCUGGGGACAAUGAAUGAAUACACCAAAAAAUUUGUUGAUCCAUUCAGCAGAUUUAUUUAAUCUUUAUUUAAUCAGGCAUGCUCAAUGAGAUUAAGAUCUCUUUCCCAAAUGUAGACAUUGUUCACUGCACUAUUGAAACUUGAGUUAUUAGGACUCAUCCUCUGGGGACCUUGAAUGUCUGUCACAAAUUUUGCAAUCCAUCCAAUAGUUGUCGAGACAUUUCACACAAAACCAAAAAUGCCAACCUAAUGGGGGUGCUACAGGAAAAUCAGAGGAUCACUAGAGACACUAGUGUUCAUAGUCUGAAUCGACGAAUGUGUAUACAAAAUGUCAUGGCAGUCCAACCACCAAGUGGUAGACCGGUCAAUCCACUGUUCCUAGAUCGAUUUUUAGAUUUAAUCUUAGUCCUGAGAUUAAAAGUCCAUAUGAGUUUUAGUCAUAUUUAGUCAAAUUCAUCCUUCUUAGCUUUAGUUGUAUAAAGAUGUGAAUUUUUUCAACUGUAAACCUGAAAUCUGUGUGUAGUGUUCUCCCUCCCAUUUUGGGUUAUUGGUAAUAAAUAGAUUACUGAUUCUCCUGGAAUAAUCUCCUUUAAUCAAUGGCAACAUGGCAAGACAGUAAACACAAACCCCAAACCAACAAACUAACUCUCUCAGGUUACAUCACAUCAGACUACUCUGUUUCACUUGUUACUGUUACACUCACAACUCUACCCAUAAAACCAAAGCAGAUAGUAACUGUAAUAUUUUUCCUUUUCCCCAAUUUUCCAAAUAAAACACAGCACCUUAGCAAUACUUGUGGUCAAAAACUAGUACACAACCAUACAUUCAAGUUUCAUCACAUAGCCAAUUUUUCAUGUUGCUGGAAAAAUUGAUAUCAAAAUUUACUUGUCACCAUGUUAUUAUAAAAACAUAUUAUUUCUACUGAAAUUGAACCUUUGUGGGUGCAACAGUUAGGUCCCCAGCUGGUUUCUUUUCACCUUGGCAAAGCAACGCAAGGCCAAUUUGUUACUAUAGAACAUUUCAUAACUAAAAACAACUCAAGAUACUUUAUAUAGUAGAAAAAGGAGUAAGAAAUACAUCUGAAUAUAUCUACAUUUCAAACUAAAGACUAUAAGGAAUCCUUUAUAAAAUAUAUAAAUGAGCAACUAAAUGUGCAUAAAAAACAUUUAAUUGGACUCAAUUUUGACAACGAUGUAACGAUGAAGAAAGGCGAAUAAAUAAAAACAUUCCUGCAAAAACAGAGAAAACUCAGAAAGCCCACAAAGUUUUUUCAAAAACCACCUGGUAGAAAUUGACAAUGGGUUUUUAUUUCAGAAAGGCAACUAUUUUUCUAAAAUCACGUGUGUUGUGUGUUUUUAAAGUAUGCACUAAUAGGUUUCACCAUUUCAAUCUCUAUUUAUUUCUUUAAUAUUUUUGUGUUUGCUUUAUUAUGCUAUAAUCUUUGGCAUUUUGUUUUAUUUUUUCAUUGAAGUAAUUGUUUUGGAAUUAUACAACAUUGUUUUUCAUUAUCUCAUUUGUAUAGCUACUUAUUUGCCUUUCCCUUGAACUGUAUCCUAAUUAAACACUACGAAUUCCUUAA